AUGGAUGUCGAAUCGACAACCGAGAGUAAUAAUAGCGAUGGGAAUGCGGAAUACGAGUUGAUGAAGGGUGGUGGUGAGCACGACGGGAUGGGGCAGCAGGGAAAUAAUCAUAUGGAAGAGGAGAUGCGAAUAGAAGAAUCGCAUACAGACCAAGAAGAUCAUCAUGAAGGAGGGUAUGAGGCUGCAAUGGGUGACGAGGUCAAAGGUCAGCAGCCGGCACACUACGAGAACGGUGAGGGUGCGAUGGGACAUGGAGAGGCAGACAGUAAAGAAGCCGAAGAAGAGUACGGGAAAGGAGGAGAGGGUCAUGGAGAUGAAGAA